AUGCGAGUGCUAGUCGUCUUCGUGGUAAGCCUGAAGACCUAUACGGCAUUGUUGUUCAUCAAGGAUGCGUGGAGUAUCGUUGGUGCGACGAAAGUGCAGAGCUGUCUGCAAGAGAAGGCCAUUUUUCCCGUCAAUAUGCCUCCCGUGAAGGAGGACGAAGAUCUCACUGACCUGUUCGCCAUCUACACGCAGUUCCAGUCAUACGGCUCUGCGCUGAGCGACGUGCCUUUACGCGAAUAUUUGGUUUUCGACAAGGAACUCACGUUCUACCACAGUGGUCCCGAUCAGGGCGCUAUCGAAGAGGCAGACAGUGAUGACAUUGAGGAAGACGUGGUCGGUGAUUGCGGCAAUGGUAUGGACGCGAUCGUGCACAGCUGA